UCCCUUUUGCCUGGCCACAGACACAUGCCUUUUGUAUGGAAGGAACCAGAGAAACACCCUGUCUCUCUCAGUGGAAAAAAAUACUCAGAGAGUUAGGGAGAGGGGGACCGAGACAAGAGCCAAGGAGAGUGGAGCUUCCAGGUGCUUUGCCCCUAGUUAAAAGCCCAGUCCGUGUGUGUAGCGAGAGCGGUCAGAGCCUAGCCAAGCCAAGCACCCUGCCUCACGCUUCCUCUCGACUGCACUUUCCUCCUCUCACUCUCUCUUUCCCUCCUCCUUUGCACCCGUGAGUGAGAGCGCACAGUCAUUCAGAAGGUGUGUCUGAAAUCUACUUCUAGUCAACUGGGAGACAGCUUUGCAAGGACAUUUUUCCUCCUCGCAUGGACUUAAAUUUUCUCCAGAGACAGAAAUAAGAACAAAAAGAAGUCCAUAAAGAUUUUUUUUCUCCUGAUUUUUGAUAUAUUAAAAAUCAAUAUAAGUUCUGAGAUAAUCCACAAAUAUUUUCAUUUAUUUCUUUCAUCGCAUCUGCUGUAUUUCUGAAGAUCAUGAGCAGAACAUAACAUACCUGCAGAAGGUACCUGCCUGAGAUCCUGAGAUAUCCCUGAACUUCUUCCUCAAGCAGAAGAGCAAGUUUGGAGAUUCUGAGCAAAGAAGACAGGCAACCAUGACACUGGUAUCCACAUGUGUGCUGCUGCUAAUGUUGGGGGGUAAUGCUCUGUGUGGUGGCUAUGCCCCUAUGCCCCAGAUGAAGUACGUGCAGCCUAUGAUGAAGGGUCCAGUCGGCCCUCCCUUCAGAGAGGGGAAGGGUCAGUAUCUUGAGUAUCCACCUGCAAUGGAAGUGAAAGGGGAGCCUGGCCCACAAGGAAAGCCAGGACCCAGAGGACCAGCUGGGCCCCCAGGAUUACCUGGGAAACCUGGAAUAGGGAAACCAGGUCUCAAUGGUCAGCCAGGACCCCAGGGCCCAUCAGGGUUGCCAGGAAUUGGAAAACCAGGACUACCUGGUCUGCCAGGAAAGGUUGGACCCAAAGGACCACAAGGAAAUGAUGGUGACAAGGGACUUCAAGGUGAGCCUGGGCUACGUGGAUUACCAGGGCAACCAGGAGCACCUGGUCCUGCAGGUCUCUCAUUAAAUGGCAAACCUGGGCUCCCUGGAAUUCGGGGCCCACCAGGAACUAUGGGUGAACCAGGACCAAAAGGUGGUCGUGGUUUGCCUGGUGAGAAAGGAGACAAAGGAGAAAAUGGCAAUGGCAAUCCAGGUCCACCAGGCCUAAGAGGACCUAAUGGCCUUCAGGGACCCCCUGGACCUCCCGGUAAUACAGGUGUGGGAAAACCUGGACUGAAUGGGCCACCUGGGCCUUCUGGACAGAAAGGAAACCCGGGGCUUCCAGGGGACCAAGGUCUUCCAGGAAAACCUGGGUCUGCAGGACUGCCAGGGCCACCUGGAUCACCUGGAGUGGGAAAACCUGGGUUGGAUGGUGUACCUGGUAGACCAGGUCAAAUUGGACCAAAAGGUGAACCAGGCCUAAGGGGACCUAAUGGGUUUCCUGGGGCUCCUGGUUAUGGUAAACCUGGUCUUGCAGGACAGAAAGGAGACAGAGGCCCUGCUGGAUUACCAGGAGCUCAAGGUGAUAAAGGGGAACCCGGAAUAGGAGGACUACCAGGGGAUACGGGGCCAGCUGGGCAGCCAGGACCUUCAGGUUUACCAGGUCCAAUGGGUCUUCCAGGAAAACAUGGCUUGCCUGGCCUGAAGGGAGACUUUGGUCCCCAAGGGCCUCCUGGCUUGCCUGGACUAAGAGGGGAUCAGGGUCCCAGUGGUUUGGCGGGUAAGCCUGGCCUCCCAGGGGAUAAAGGGCUUCCUGGAUCAAGUGGACCCAUUGGAAAACCAGGUCCUAAAGGUGAUGCUGGUCACAUUGGUUUGCCUGGUAAUCCUGGACUGACUGGGCCUCAAGGCCCCAAAGGAGAAAAUGGCCUUCCAGGGCCCCCAGGGUCACGUGGUAUAGCUGGGAUUCCUGGGCUACCAGGGCCCACAGGACAUAUGGGACCACAGGGCAUUCCAGGCUUGAAAGGAGAGCAAGGCCCACCAGGACCCCCAGGAAAUGGAAAGAAUGGGGAUCAGGGAACAUCAGGUCCACAGGGGCCACAAGGAAAACCAGGCCCUGCUGGAAUAAGUGGUCCUCGAGGUCUUCCAGGUCCACCCGGCCCACCCGGCCCACCGGGUCCUUCUAAUGGAGAUACCAAAGUGGCAGUGUCAGGGCUUGAUGUUGGUGGAGAGACAAUACCAAGUCAAAAUGGAAAACCACAAUAUAGGAUUGAGCUUUCUGCUACUGCAGCUCCUGCUUUCACUGCUAUUCUCACAACACCCUUUCCACCAUCUGGUAUGCCUAUCAAAUUUGACAGGACUCUCUACAAUGGGCAGAAUGCUUAUAACCCUGCCACUGGCAUCUUCACCAGCCCAAUGCCUGGAGUUUACUACUUUUCUUACCAUGUUCAUGUAAAGGGAACCAGCCUGUGGGUGGCACUAUACAGAAACAAUGUGCCUGCCACAUACACAUAUGAUGAAUACAAGAAGGGCUAUAUGGACCAGGCAUCAGGUAGUGCAGUGCUGGAGCUAAAAGAAAAUGACCAAGUUUGGGUGCAGAUGCCAUCCGACCAAGCAAAUGGGCUCUACUCCACUGAGUAUAUUCAUUCAUCCUUCUCAGGCUUCCUACUGUGCCCCACAUAACAGGCCAUCUUAUUCAUCAUUUAUUAUCUAGUGGUCUGCAGUCACACACGUAACACCUGUAACAACAAAAACAGGAGAGACUGAACAUCAUAAAAACCAAGAUAAAUUUAGGACAUGGAAACUUUAUGCUGUAUCUGUUUUAGCGCUUUAAAGGUCUGAUUAUGGUUUUACUUUAAGUGUGUUUGGUAUCUUCUGCACACAGUAUGUUAUUAUAACUGUUGUAUUAAUGUUGUUGCUGUUAUUGUUUUAUUCAUGUACUUGAUGUUAUUGUUUAUUGGAAUCAGCCAAUGCAUAACUAACAGUUUUACCCAUGUGACUGCACGCUCUGCCAAAAUGACUAAUUGAACUCCAUCUCUUUGACUCUGGGGAGUGUGUUCCCCUGAUUGCAGUCACAUUUAGUUUGAACUCAGUGUUUCUUUUUUUCCCUUUAAAUAACAGGCUUCCAACUCACUGUCGUAUUUCACAAAUUAUUUGUAAAAAUAAAAAAAAUAUAUCAUUUUAUCUGUACUAGCCUGGUAAUUUUAAAUGACUAAAUUAAAAAAUAGUUUGUUUAAUCUGCCUACAGUCACAAAGGAUACAAUUCAUUGCUACUCCUUUUGAUUUGGUGGCAUCUAUGUGGAGUUUAUUGUUCUUCUCCUUGAAGUGGAAGGCUUUACUUGACAAUUCAAAAUGUUUACUUUGAAUGCAAACUGAGCUUCUGAUGUGUAACAAUACUAAUGACAUCAUGAGUAUUAUCUCUCCCUAUAAUGCUAGCAUAUAUUUUAUGAUAACAUUUCAGCAAAUAACCAAGAGUUAAUUGUUUGUCUGUUAACAUAUGUUUGCUUGUAUAACAUAUGUAAAUCAGUCUUUGCUCUAACUUUGUUAAUAUUCUGACAGUCCAUGAUAAAGGCAUAACAUGAUAUUGGCAAUUAUCCAAUUUAUCAAUUAUGUACUUUCUAAAAAACUAAUCAUCUUCAAUAUUAAAUAGCUAAGUGCUUGAUAUGUCUAGUAAUCCAUAGGUGAUACAUUUUUGAAUUACUUCUAACUUCCCAACUAUGGUAACAAUUCACACAAAACUUACUACAUAUAAAUCAGUUCAUAAAUUUUGUAGACAGAUAUUAAAUGAACGGAUUUAAUGAAUGCACUGGGUUUAUGUAUUAAAAUAUAUUAAAAUAUUAAGUCAUUCUUAUGUGCUAGUAUACAAGGAACCAGACAUAGUGGUUUCCUGAGUGUUAUUAAGUGCAGUAUCUUUUUGCAACAGACACAGACGCUGUUUAGCCACCUAUACUGUAAUUUCUAUUCUUUGGAUCAAUAUAUUACGUUUUAUUUCAAAGUCAUGCCAUGCCAUUUUUCACAUUUACCAAAUUAAAUGAAAUACGUGAAUAAACUGUUGCCAUACUAUUGCAUUGACUGGUUCAGUGUGAAUUAUGCAGACAGAAAAUUAUCCAGACUACUGUGAAAAGAAAAAAGAUAUUACAACAGGCUUUACAAUAGAGUUAGAGCCAUAUCAGCAUCUAAAGUUUACAAAAAAAGUGUCAGUAUGCUCCAGCCUAUAUUUGCUCUGUUCUCAUAGAAUUGGGAGUAUUAUUAGUUACUAAGAUCAGCAAUAUAAUAAAACAUUAAGAUAUAUAAAAUAAACAUAGAAAAAUAAAACAUUAAGAAUGUUUUAUCCAGCAAUCAGACUCUGGAUUUUAAAAAUGUUGAUGAUACAGAUGAUGCAGGAAUCACCCUAUUAUUAUUAUUAUUAUUAUUAUUAUUAUUAUUAUUAUUAUUAUUAUUAUUAUUAUUAUUAUAAACCAGCAAAGGAUAAUGAAAUACAUACGAUUUGCACAGUGCUUCAGCUGUGGUGCAAAGACAGCUAAUGAUGUAAAUGAUACUGUCAAAAAUACAUUAAUGUUUUUAAUUAAAAUUAUUUUCAAUAUUUUCAAUUUUGCUGUGCUGAAUUUUAGAUCGACUCAUGAUGAAAGAGAGACAGCUAAAGUGGAGGACAAUAACUGUCUCACAACUUGCCUUUGCUGGUUAAAAGCAUUGCAUGAACAAAACAAGUUUAUGCUUGUACAAAACAAGUUUAUGCAUGUGGCACCUCCCUUUUUUCCACAUAAAUAGAUACAGCAGAGUUCCUGAUAAAGCAGAGCCAUACAAAGUUUGUCUAAUAUACUUCAGUCCUAUGAUGUCAAGACUGAAUCAGAGCAGAGCAAUAAUAAGUAAAUAAAAUAAAUAUAUAAAGGAAAAAUAAAAAGAAGCAAAAAAUAAAUUAAAAAAAAUAAAAAAUAUGAUUCAAAUCAUCAUGAUUUACUAGGGCUACUACAUAUUCUGCUAAAUAUACCAGUGUGGUCUAUCAGCAUUUUCUCAGCAGCUUAUGUCUGUCUUUCAGAUAUUUACUCCCACAAGAUGAGUAUGAUGCUUUUCUUGUGGCAAAAGAAUAAUAACAUUUAAGAUGAUUUUUUUUUCAACUAUUUUCAUUUAAUUACCAUUUUUAAACAUGUAUGUAAAGUUCUGGUUUUCUAUAUUGUCAAACCUGCUUCUUAUUGUCUGUUUAAAUUACAGCUUUUGUUUCAAUUUCUUGAGUGACACUGAGUCCUUUAUUGUCCUUUCAGAACUGUUUUUUUAUUUUAUUAACUGUUUUCUUAUUUUAUUUUAUUUUAAAAUAAUGAAAAUCUUUGCUUCCGUUUGUAAGGGAUGUUUGUUGUUAUGAACAUGAUAAAUACAAUAGUUGGUCCCAUUUGCACAUGAACUUAAUGAAGGUAUAUUUAAGCAUAUGUGAUAAAUCGACAAGAAUGCCUUCUGAACACCCACAUAAAUAAAACAUACAAAUAAUUCUUUGUAUGUAUGUUUGUAUUAAUUAUUAUUAUUAUUAUUAUUAUUAUUAUUAUUAUUAACCUAUUUAACAACAUUAAUGCGUUUCAUUGUAGUUAGCUUACUAUUUUUGCUUAAGGAAUAUUUUUCACCAUUAUUUCUUUUAGUUAUUUUUUUUUAAAAUGUACUAUGUAUCAUUCUAUAGGAUUUUGUGUCGUAUACAUGGCUAUUGCAUUUAUGCUGUGCGAUAGACAUUAGCUAUUGAAUGCACUCCUUUGAUCAAAGGUUUUGUCAGUUUAUACAUCUGCAAUACUUGAUAGUAUUGAUGCAACAUCAAUAAAGAUUCUCUUGUACAAAUGA